AUGGCUCAUAACUCUGGGUUUUACCAACAAGGGCAGCCUGUACAGCAGCAACAACAGCAACAGUACUCGCCAAUGUUCCAACAACCAAUGAACAUAUAUCAGCAGUUGGGCAAGCCGCAACCGCAACCGCAUUUACAAAGCCAUCCCACAUAUACGGCUCCUUUGCAGCAACCCCAGCAGCAGCAGCCCAUACAAUCACAGGGGUUCCAGUUCAACCAACCCCAAUACGUUCAGGCCCCGCCCCAGCCUCAGCAGAUGCAGGCGCCUUAUGUUCUGAGCCAAACCCCGUAUGCGCCUUCACAGACGCCAUAUCAACCCUCCCAAACACCGUAUAUACCAUCUCAAACGCCUUUCUCGUCGCAAGCCCCUUAUCCUAUAUCUCAAACUGCAUAUGCCCCAGCUCCGAUCACAUAUCCUCAGCAACAACAGUCGAAUACCCAGUUUGUUGCGCCACAACAACAGCAGGCCCAACCAGUGUACGCUCAACCUACCCAACCACAGAUAUCCCAUAUACCGACGUCCUCGUUUCCGAAUCAAUCUUCGUCAGCAAUACCGCUGAACUCGUCCGGAUCGUCUUGGAGGGUUGCUACAUCAAGACCACCUCCAGUAGCUCUGUCUGCCACGCUAGCCCAACAAGCACAAGCACAGGCUCAGUCUGCUCAACCACAACCGCAAAUACAAAUCCCACAACAAGCGCCACCAGCAGCACAGCAGCAGCAAACCACUUCGACUCCACAGACUCCGGGCCGGAGACCUCUGCCUCAACCAGCACCAGGAGUAAAUGCAAAGACGCCUGCCUUACCCCCUCCAAAUACCCCUAAGCGUAUACCUACACUCCCCAAUGCAAAUGCUAUACCUUCGGGGUCGUCUAAACCCUUCCCGAUUGAACCCAUACAGACAAAUAUACCGCAAGCCUCUAAAACACCUUCACCGACCAGGGGAAGACCCCUUCCCACCCCUACGGAGUCCGGAAACAAACGAAAUACGGUUGAUUUAGGUAAACUCCCACAUACAAGUUUUGGGAGUACUGCUGGUAGUUCUGCAUUUUCUAAUGCGAGUACUGCUUCCUCAGCAUCAGGCUCGGGAUGGCCAGUGAAAAAGGUUGAUACCAGUCCUACAAGAUCAGUUCUUCCUUCUCUGUCAGAACAGAAAACAUCCAACAAUGCCAACGUACAGCUCUCAAGAACAUCUAGCUAUGCGGUGAAUCUGGCCUCAUCCGAUUCUUCACCUUCGAAGACAACGACUUCUUUCCCGAAACGUAGAGAGAGUCCUCCGCGGUUCCAAUCUGCACCAAGUUCAGAAUCUAACAGUCCGACCAAGGAGAACCCGCCUACUAGCACAUGGAAUCGUUCAAACUCUUCUUCCUCCACGAACUUGAGUUCUUCUUCAGCGCCAGCACCUCCUGCGCCGAGAGCCAUUGCAUCUUCCACAUCCCAAUCAUCAUCAUCAACCAAAUCGUCAGCAGCAGAUGCGAACUUUGUGGCUUCACCCACGUCCGCCACCUCUUCGUCGUCUUCCGCGACCGCUCCGCCCAAGAAAUUCGUCCCGAUGUGGAGACGGACCAUCCCGGAGAUGCCUGCACCAGCAUGGGGCUACGCCGCUGGCAUGGUCUCUGAACCGCAUCCCCAACCGCCACCACCGCCCGAGCCGCCUGCUCCAGCACCUGCAGUGGCUGCUUCUCCUGAAAAGUCGAAGGGGAAAGGAGGUAAGCUGAAGAAACUUUUCAAGGGCUCUUCGUCCUCUGCACCAGCACCGGUGCCAGCGCCAGCACCACCGGCAGCGGCACCAGCUCCGCGUGCUGCUCAGUAUCAGGCGAAUCCUAGUCAGGGGUUGAAUUCCGGAUAUCCUCGAGCGAAUGUUAGUCCUGUGCAGCAGAGAUAUCCAGCAUAUCAGCAGCAGAUCGCACAAUAUGCACAACCGCAGGCACAACCCAGAGCUUAUACAUCUCAACCGCAGCAGCAACAAUAUCAGCACUACCGCCAGCAACAACAGCAGCAGCAAGAGGAGGAGGAAGAGGAGGAGACGGAAGAGGAGGAAACUGAAGAAGACGAAGAGGAGGAGGAGGAGGAAGAAGAGGAAGAGACCGAGGAAACGGAGGAAACGGAGGAAGACGAAUCUGACCAUCGCUACCAUAUUCACACUCGGCAGCGUAGUCAGCCUCAGGCGCAGAGCAAAGGAAAUGCUCGGAUGCGCAGUCAAUCGCGCGGACGGCAUGCAUAUGAAGAAGAGGAAGAGGAACAGACGCCUAAACGAAAGGUUUUACGACCAAAAGCUCCGAAGGUCGACCCCUACACAGACAUCAGUCCAUCUGGAAAAGCCAAGAUCAAGCCCAAACUUGCUCCUCGAAGGAUGGAGCUAGAUGAAAAUCCCUCUCCUAAAACCAAACUACGCCCCAAAGCAAAGGCACUCGCGAGGUCUACGCUGGAGGACGAGGAAGAAGAGGAAGUUGAUUUGGAGCGCACGCCGAAGAAGAAGAAUGCCAUCCACGAGCGCGAGCGUCAGAUAUUGGAGGCGAGGAGGUUGAAGCAUGAGCGUUCCCGGAGCGCUUUUGAGGAGCGCGAUAUUGCCAGACAUCGACGAGAGCCUAGCGAACGGGAGCAGAGGCCAAGAUCGGGGUCGGCGUUUGCUGGGUCGGCGCCUACGAGGAAAGGAAAGAGCAGGUACGAAGAGGAAGAGGAGGAGGAGGAAGAUGAUAUCAGCCUCAGGUUGGCGUACGACGACGAGGAAGAGGAGGAGGAUGACAGCGAGUUGGAAUGGUUGAAGAAGCAAAAGGCGAUGAAGAAGAGAAGAGCCGCCGCUGCCCGUGAAGCUCAGCGCAGCGAAACUUCCAGUCCUCAAUACGGCAUUCGUGAUCUGAAGCCUGCCAAUCGACGUGCUGGGUCUGGAUCUGAUUCGCGCGCAGCACCGGCGUCACGGUACGGUAAUAGAUAUGAAGAACCCAGUGAGGAAGAAGAAGAGCAGGAAUACCGGCAAAGGCGUCCUGUAACCGCAGAGCGGCAAGUCAACAGAAACGGCAAGGAACGGGAGUGGGAUUAUGAACAGCCAGAACGUAGGUAUCAAAAUGUUGGUAUGGGGAACGGGAAAGGUACUGGACUGCCUCAGCCUCCCAUGAUGCGGGAUUCGACGACGAGUCAAGAUAGACAGAUUCGCGGAGGACCGAGACUGAAGAGCGCACCUAUCAAGUUUGACGACUACGAUCCGGACGAGCAUCGGAGGCAAACUUCUGCGCGCGACAAUUUGCCCAUGCAGUUCUCUUCAAUGAACAUGAAUGGGAAUAGUCAGGAAAAUAGAAACAGGAGCGAUAGCCGUGGAUCAGCACACUCGUCCGCCCAUUCAUCCGCCUGGCCAGUGGAUCUUCCCCGAUUACCAAGAACCCCAGGAUCUGCCACUACUCCAGGCAGUGUGAUGAAUGACGGCGGAGGAUACUUCGACAUCAAGCCUCAGCCCCAGUCUAUACCCAAUCCUCCGACCAAUUUUGGCAACAGACAAAACCAAAGCCAGGGAGAUGUGAACAGAAACAAUUACCGCGAACGCAUACAGAAUCACAGGACUAAUCUUGACUUGGAUGAUCCUCCUCCUCAAGCGACUGUAGUUCGAACUCCUUCUCCCGGUCCAACUGGUUAUACCCUCAGUCAGAGAAGGGAACUUCCCCAACCUCAGGGGCGACCCCAGAGUCAGGCAUUCCCACCAUCUGCAGAACGAGUCGCACAGCAGCUUGCCCGACGCCGCUCGCUGUAUAACGCUCCUUCUGCAUCAACUCACCAAGAGGAUGAUAACAUGUCGAAGCCACGAAGACCUCAAAGCCAGGUGUACGAUGUGCAGAACAGUCAAAUGCACCAGCAUAAUCAUCAGAUUGGGCGGUCACAUCCUCCGUCUGCGAGCUCUGCCCAGUUCGCGAGCGCACAGCUUAACCAUCCUUUCAAUGUCCCAAGACAGCAGCCGCAGACCCCUGCGCCACCUCCAACCGUAGGUAUCGAGUCUCCUCAUCCCAUCGGAGGACGAGAGAAGUUAGCCGAUAUACCCAAGAUGGAGGAAGACAGUAACGACGGAAGCGAUAACGAGCAUCAUCGCGGCGCGCCCAGGAUACAAGUCGAUUCCGCUCCUCCGUCAAUUCCCAUGAUCAAUGUGAAUUCGUCGCCGAUGGGAAAUGGGGGUGGGGGUGGUGUACCGAUGAUCAACAUCGAUUCUGUGGAUAAUGGGUCGCCGAGAAUGAGGAAUAAUGCGCCGCAGGCACCUCAGAUUCAGGUCUUUGAGGUACCAGGGAUUAGUGUAGCUGGACCUUUCGAUGGGCCGAGCAUUAGUAUUUCUGGGCCCGACGACCUUAAUCAACAUCAGCACCAGCACCCGCAACAACAACAACAACAAAGUCGACCCCUACCCCCUCAGUCUCGUCCACAAACAGGAUCGGACUUUGGUGGCCGACAAUCCCGCCCCGGGGCGGGUGGGUUGAUUUGCGGCGGAUGCAACGGUCCUAUUAUCGGGCGCAUCGUGAGUGCCAUGGGUUCAAGGUACCACCCGGCCUGUUUCAAAUGUACUGUCUGCAACGAGCUGCUGGAACAUGUCAGCUCUUACGAACACGACGGGCGGCCAUACUGUCAUCUGGACUACCAUGAGAACUUUGCACCCAGAUGUUAUUCGUGCAAAACUCCUAUCGUCGAAGAGCAGUUUAUCAGUCUGGAUGAUCCUGCAUUAGGAAAGAGGGCCUACCAUACUCAACACUUCUUCUGCUCCGAGUGUGGUGAUCCGUUCCUAACCCCUUCGGGUGGAUUGCCCACCAAUUCUCAAGGGGAGCUCGCGGUGACCGGAGAUGGCGAAUUCGAGGGAUUCACGGUGUACAAAGGUUACCCUUACUGCGAGGCAUGCCACGUACGACUCCGACUCCCGAAAUGCAAACGAUGCAAGAGAUCCAUUCGAGACAGCGACCAAGCAGUUGAGGCGCUGGGAGGAAAAUGGUGUUGGGCGUGUUUCGUCUGUGCUAGCUGUCACAAGCCGUUUGAGAACCCUUCGUUCUUCCAGAGGGAUGACCAGCCUUACUGCGAACAUUGCUUUAGCAUUAUGCUGCGCAACGAAAUUUAA